GCAGAGGCUACACUAACUGCGUCCUGCAACAUCUUUCCUUAAAGCAACCAAGAGUCAGAAUGGAGUUUCACUACGCCACGGAGAUGAACGGAAAUGUGCCCAUGGACACUAGAUUGACCAAGUGCAUUGAGUCUAAACAGGAUGAUUUGUGCAAAAAGGAGAAGGACUCGAAGGAAUCUGAAGUUUUGACCAAGACGUCUUGCAUAGAGAAAGCUUACUGUACGAUACUGAGCGAGCUUGGAGAGAACACUGAGCGGGAGGGGCUUUUACGCACACCGUUACGCGCAGCCAAAGCCAUGCAGUUCUUCACGAAAGGCUCCCAGGAGACGAUCAAAGAUAUCUUGAACGACGCUAUCUUUAAUGAAAACCAUGACGAGGUGGUGGUUGUCAAGGACAUCGAUCUGUACUCUCUGUGUGAACAUCACCUGGUGCCCUUCUUUGGAAAGGCUCACAUAGCAUAUCUGCCAAACAAGAAGGUGGUUGGUCUGAGCAAGCUCGCGCGAGUUGUAGAGAUCUUCAGCAGGAGGCUUCAAGUUCAGGAGCGUCUAACCAAACAGAUUGCAUCAGCUAUACAUGAGGCCCUGGAGCCUGCUGGGGUGGCAGUGGUGAUUGAAGCUGCUCACAUGUGCAUGGUGAUGAGAGGUGUGCAGAAGAUGAACGCCAAGACUGUAACAAGUGUCAUGCUGGGAAAGUUCCAAACAGAUGCCAGGACCCGGGAGGAGUUUCUGUCCCUGGCUCUGGGGAAAUGAGAGAUUCUGAUCUCAGAGGGCAGGUCUUCAGGGGGAUAAGUCCACUUUUAUUUUGUUUUGCCAUGCAACACCCUCGGAUCUCCCCGUCUGCCAAAUUAUUCAGUGAAAUGUUAGUUCAUCCAUCUUCAUUUGGGGAUGACUGUCUUAUUUCAGCUCAUAACUUUUUAGGAGGUACCCAGCUCUGCUCUACAGUUGAAAUAUCAGAAACAAGCAAUUAAUGUGAAAGUAAUUGAAAUAUGAAGUCUAUUAAUUUGAAUAGAAAUUAAAUCUUACAUACAAUGAAGACAUACAAAGAUUUAAAAUAUGAAUAUAGCUUAUUGUUUGUGAUAAGAUAUAGUGGAAUAUUUUAAAAACAAAUAGAAAAAACCCCCAGAAAAAAAUAGCACUUUGCACAUCUGUGUGAUAAGAACUACCUAAAAUGACAGACACCACCUUUUAGGAAAAAAUAUUUAGUGAGUACUUUGACUUUUUACUUUGACUCCCUGUCCCAUCCAACAACAUGAAGGAACCAGCCACCAGGUGGCUUCCCUUUUGUGAUUUUCAUUUGGUCCAUCUGUACAGUCUAAGAUCUGUAGAUAGUCUAUGGGCCCCCACUGCAUGGUGCAGCUAUGCUAAUGAUGCUAGCCAUGCCAAUUAGCUGUGGGUGCCUUACAGGCCAGUUGAUAGUUAGCCAUCCUCGGUUGUGCUCACUGUUGCAGCCUUGAGCACAUCAUGGUUACAGUUAGUUUUAAAAACCUACAUUUACUGACCUAAGCUCUGUGACUGACAGGUACACAACCCGUUUUACCAUUCUGCACGGCAGCUAGUUUUUCUUUGGCUCCUCUCUACAGAGUAACUUGAUCCAGUUGUGUUGGUUAUGUGUUUACUUUUACUGGUCUUUGCAACACCCAUAGACUGAAUAGGCAACACCUUGAAGAUGGAGGGAGGGGGAGGUGUCUGUAGGUGAAACAUUUGUUUGGGUCUGAGAUGCUGGUGCUAGUGUGACAUCUAGUUGCAGUGAAUAUCAUAUUUAUAUAUAUAACUUUUAAAGUAAUGUGUAGCUGGUGUUUCAGUCAUAUUUCCCAAUAUUAGAAUUAUGAUUUCAUUACAAUGAUUUAAGUUUGUUAUUUGCCUUGAUACUUAUUUAUUAUUUAAAACAUUUUAAUUUGUUUUAUGCUGGAAUCUGAAAUAAUGGACUUAUUAUUUGCUGAUGUUACACUAUGAACUUAUGCUAUUGUGCUAUAUGGUACUAUGUUUGAUCACAAUGGAUUGUAUUUUCACAACAUUUUGAGAUAUUUAUAUAUCUGUACAGUCAAAAUCAAUAAAACUGAUAA